AUGGCAGCUCAUGGAGUGACACAGAUUCGAGCCAGUACUACUGGCUUGCCUACAGGCGAGGAAGUGCAGGAAUAUGAGAAGAUUCUGAGAAUUAGUGACGAGAUCUUUUCUGGAACUCACCCCAAGCUUAAGGUCCCCCAUCAAUUUGUGCGCAAAACUACGUCUCGAAACCCUGCCUAUCCUUCUAGCAUACAGGCUCAGGUAGUGAAGACAGGUGGUCUGGGUGGUUCUCCUACGGAGAGAUCAUCCCAGGCUACUCCGUCAGCAGCUCCAGCUUCUACGACUGUUGACGGUACCUCUGAUGUGAUCACCACGACCCCUUCGAAGAACCGUACCGUCCCAAAAUCUACCUCAGAGAUUGAUCCGAUAUUUUUGACUAAAUCAGAUGAUUUAGUCAGGGCAGAAUUACAGUUACAAAGACAAAGGGUGGAAAGAGUAUUGCGGGACCAGUUGGAGCAGAAGAGGCUAGAGUCGAGACAGAAAGCGGCGGUGCAGGACGCAAAGCCCGACUUUGAUGUGUCUGGUGUGCUGAACCAAGCCCUUGAGUUGGUCAAACCUGCUUCUGUAAAUGAUAUCUCUGCAAGCAAUGUCGUUGGGGCACCCAGUGAUUCGUUUGACGAGAAUUCUUUCUACUCCAGUAGAGCCCCUGACUCUCCGCAGCAAGGCGAGCCGUCUUCGGCAGCAACAGCACCUCACACCGGGGACCUUCCUACCAAGAUCCCAGUAGAAAACUAUUCAGAUGAGUUGCAACGGCUUGAAGCCCUCAACCGCACUGGAUUGGAUCAGGAAAUGCGAGAUGCUUACCCUGUGGCAGACAAGCGCGAUCCUUACCGUCACAGGCAACCCCAUGACGCUCCGGUAGACCUGACAGGCAAUAAAUACCACCAACUUCCGCAGGCAGAUGAUGCGAUGGAAGAGCCGGAUUACUCCCCUCCAGCUCCAGGUGUACCACCUAUGGACAGGGCAGAAGUUCGUGAGUAUCAACCGGAAUAUAUCACCCAUGAUGCAAGACGACGGGUAGACAAUCGAGCAGGUGCAGGAGGGUAUUACAAUACGAUGUCCCCAAGAGACGACGUGAGAGUCGUGAGAAACCAUAUAACCUCGCCUGCCGCUCCUCAGCCAUCUAGGGUGUCUCCGCUAGCCGUGGCCAAGGUUCCCUCCGCCCCUCAGGCUAAGGACAUACGAACGAGAUAUGAGGCGGAACGGGUUCACCCUACACAGGGUCUAGACCGUGCCAGUCCCGAUGCCCCGGCUGCUCAGCAUCCAAUACCGAGGAAGCGUAGGAGAUUGCAAGAGGACAAAGGUCGAGCCCGUCAGGUUCCGUACAAUAAAAAGCCUGCUGCUGUUGAUACUUCUGAUCCAUAUAUUAAAGAGGAGCCAGUGUCACCGCCACCUUUUGCAGACGCGCUGCCAGCUUACCAAGGCCGACCUGCCCAACCAGUGUACAUCGACAUCGCCUCCCCGCGUUAUACUCCGGUUGUUGAACGAAGGGAGCCACCGAUCCGCGAGCCUGUUUAUGAGGCUGAUCCGUACCACGAAGCCCCUAUGUCACGGGCGGCCUCUCGGCUCAGCAGCCGCCGGCCCAUGCGUGAUGAGCCUGAUUUGCGACGGGUCGCUAGCUUACAGAAUGCGCGGCAACCGGAAUAUGCGCGUGAAUAUGUCGAGCAACAACCCAGUCCCCGUGCAGUGAGGGCAGCAUCUUAUGCGGUUGUGGAACGGCCUCCGCCGGAGAGAGCGACCAGGUACUAUGAUGAGCCGGUGCCAGCGUACUCAAGACGGUUUAUUCCAGCCGAGGGGUCACCAUCAUCUCCACAAUUUCGGGAGGCAUACUAUGAGGAAGAGCCGGUGCCGGCUCGGAUUAUGGCGCCGCCGCGGCGUGUUGUGGUUGAUGAGCAUGGAAAUCAAUACUACGAAGCGGCACCUGCCGUACAGUAUGUUUCUUCAGCAGGUCGGAUCCCCAGGAACGACGUCUACGAUGACGAUGUGCCGGUCCGUCAAGCCAGUGUGCGUCAAGCCAGUAUGCGGGCUACAUCAGUAAUCGAAGAUCCAUAUGGCGGCCGGAAGUACGUGCAGGAGAUGCCACCACCUCCAAGCACGUAUCGGCGGGUGACAGACUACGCACGGCCUGCACCGGCUGAACGGCGGCCGUAUGCGACACCUCUUGAGGGCGAGCCAUUCCCGCGCAGUAGCAGUGUUCAAGUGGGCGAGUAUGCUCGGCGUCCGGCAUACAUGGAUGAUCCAGGUCUUCCGCGCGAACGUUUGAUGCGCGUGCCGAGCGUUAGACCUCAGACGGCACGAUACGACGAGCCACGGGAGGUGAUCUCCCGUGUGGCAAGUGUGCGCCCGGGAAGCGUAUACAUGGAUGAGGAUCCGCAGCGGCCGCGGGAGUACGUUGAACGACCUGUAUAUGUCUCUCGGCCUCCGCCUAUGCGGGAGGAUCAGGGAUACUACGAAGGAGAACCGGAGCGGGUUAUGAUGGAAGGAGGAAGAAACGUGGUGCAGCGGGCACCACCGCGAUAUUGA